CUCCAAUUCGCCGGGCGUAUCUGCACCUGGCACACUGGGCAUCGAGCCGGACUGUGCGUGCACAUUCACUCUCACCUCGCUCGUCCUUUCCCUCAGACUGACUUUAUCUCGUCCAACACGCAUAACUCGAAAAAAUCGUCCCUCCUCCUCGUCUUCUCGACCUCCUUCGUCCCGUAGUCGACUAGCUGACCCUCCUUCGCGACGACCCCAUGCAACAAUCAUAGCCUUCUCGCCUCACUCCCUUCCCAACGUCGAUGACCUGGGGAGUCAUCCGAAACGAAGAUGCACAAGAUCAGCAACUUCACUGGCCAGGCUCGCCAUGGCUGGGAGCGGAUGACUCCAGCAGCGUUUGGUAUGUCUAGGUUCCAUCAGGACAUGUCUACGCCGCAGCCAUUGAGACGUCCUCAAGGCUCUCCAGCAAUCGGUUCCCAGUCAUCCGCCGACUUGACCCCGGUCAACCUAUCCUUCAACGUGCCUUUUGCUUCGUACCUUACCGGCCCCGACCCAGAUGAUGUCCUACAUUCGAGUCCUGGUGCGUUUCAAAGAUGGACAUUCCCGGCAGACACUCCUGAUGGUACGCCGAUUCAUCAGCUCCCGGUCCAUGUACAAAAUGAAGAGAGACUGCGCUCCUUAUGCACGUACAUCAGUGACCAGAGUGGUGGCCGUGUACAAGCAACGGUGACUUCCUCCGAGCCCAAGGCUGGUCCUGCUUUGCAUAGAAAAUCACAAGGACUUGUUACGAACGUCUGUAUUUCGGGAGAAGGAGAAUUGGUCUACAAGAUGCGGUCCAAGAUUUUGAACGAGACUCCCAUCAUGAUGCGCUCUGCGAUUGUGGAUAUUGAUCCAGGCUUGAUACUCGACAACGGCGAGACUGGAGUGCGAUCGAGCGUGCUCAAUCACAUCGAUCUCUGCGCUAAGUACACAGGAACGGAUAUCUUCCUCCUCAAGCCUAAGAAUGGUGAGGCGUCUUCGGCAGGUGCAUCAUACGGCAAUGGUGUAGAUUGUGGACUCGACCAACGUUAUCGAGUGAGCAUCUUCGGGGACAUGGAGAGUGUUGAGCAUGCAAAGACCCGAGCACUGAUGAUGAUUGAUCAAAUUCUCAAGCACAAGAUCGACGUCAUAAAGCUGGAGGUUACAAUGCACACACUCGUCUCUGGCCGAACUGGUAAGAACAUCAAGAUGAUCGAGUCGGCCACGAAGACAGCGAUCUAUUUCCCUCCGCCUUUUCCUGGGGUCUUCGGCUACGUUCCUCCACAUGCUACUCGACGCGCUGCGGAUGAGAUCUUCAUUACUGGAGAGACUCAGGAACGCAUCAACCAAGCAAAGCAAAAGUUGAAAGAACUAGUAAUGGGCAUCAAGCUGUAUUCGAAGGAUGCGGUCGUCUCUGCAAGCAAGAUUGACAACAUAUUGCUUGAUCGCCUCGACAAGGUCCGCAAGAUUAUGGAGACUAACGGAUCUCAUGUCCUGUUUCCGCAGCUUGCUAGCCAGCGUGGUAUCAUUCGAGUCCAAGGCACCGAAGUCUUGCAUGUCGAGCGAACUGUCAAGGAGAUCAUGGCACUUGCUGGCCAAUUUUUCAGUGCAUCGUGGUGGAUCAUGAUGUCCGACCCGUCACAAGGCCCAGCUAUUCGAGCGCCAUCUCCUGACGACAUCCGUAUCAUGCUGAGUGAUAUCUGCACCAACUCGGGCGCUGAUAUUAGUUUCGAAAAGUUCACCUUUACGAUUAAUGGGUCUGAUGACGCCGUCAAAGCGGCCAUGAUGGUCAUUAAUCAAAUACCUUUUGUCAAGCGAACACCAUAUCAGAUUCGGGUCAAGAUUGAACUUGCGAAUGAACACAAGGAAUUUGUCAGCGGCAAGAAGAACGGCAAGAUCAACAAAAUCAUGGGCCAGAGCAACGUUCAAAUCAUCUUCGACGGCUUCAAUGAGUACAACUUUUACAUCGAUGUUGUGGGUAGCCAGUAUGAAGCUACAAAGAAUGGCUUGGAUCUUGUUGAGCAGGAAAUGCCGGCAUCUAUCUCUUUCCACGUGCCCGACCAGUAUCACAAACGCAUCAUUGGUAUUGGUGGACAGCACAUCCAACGGAUCAUGAAGAAGUAUUCCGUUUUCGUCAAAUUCUCUAACGCGAUGGAUCGAGGCGGUGCUGGUAAAGACGAUGACGACAUUAAGGUUGACAAUGUCAUUUGUCGUACACCUGCUCGCAAUGCGCAAAGUCUGGAUUUAGUGAAGCAGGAGAUCAUGGAUAUGGUUGAGAAAGUUGACGCCGAAUUCGUCUCUGAAACUGUGGUCAUAAAUCGACUCUAUCACAGGGAGCUCAUUUCUCGACUAACCGAGAUCGAGGAUCUGGAAAAGAAAUGGAAUUGCAAGAUUGACUUUCCGAAUACAGAGCAAGCCAGUGAUAUUGUCACCAUAUCUGGACCAGAAUACCAGGUUCCCCAAGCUGUAGAUGCCUUCCUCGGUAUGGUGCCCGAAAGCCACGAGAUUGCUUUCCAAAAGGCAGAAGAUCUCGAUACAUUCUUUUCUACAGCCGAAUUCUACACCGACCUCCGACAAAAAUUGAGAGACCAGUAUGAGGUCGAUGUCCAUGCCAAUCCGGAGCUUAGUAGCCUGCCCAAAUCUGCCACAGCCUCUGUUGAGAGAAUCGUUGGCCCAUCCGAGGGACGACUUGUUCUUACUUACACUCGCAACAAUGCUGGAGGCCUCAAAGACGCCAUCGAUUACCUCAUAUCCCAACUAGUGCCACACGGUCUCGAUGCGACCACUGUCAAAGGUGCUAUCCCUCGCCCGAAAUCAGAUUCUUUCGAGGAUUCUUUGCCCUUCUUUGAUUCAAAACUCCUCCAAAAUGCGCCGUCCCUCCAUUCGACCGAUUCUCCGACACGAUCGAAUUUUGGUGACGGGGAACAUACCCCAGUCUCUGAACGAGCCUCCCUAUUUGACCGCCUACGCAAACCAGGCAGCAUUUCGUCGUUCUCGUCGUUUAUGAGUCGCAAGAAUCAGAACAAUUCUCCAGGGACAUUCUUCAAGCACGCUUCCUCAAAUGCCAGCAAGGCAUCUUUAAUUUCGAUGGAAAGUCGUGAAAGCGGCUACAGAAAUUUUUGGAACGACAGCGGCGUCAAUCUCCCUGAAGAGGACGUAUCUGCAUCGUCACUUAGUGCCGGCUGGCCGUCGCGGUACGAGAACAAGUUUCCCUUUGGAACAAACAGUUCCAUGUCUGGUGACAGAACCCCAAAGCAUGAACACCCUCGCGCGAGCUUCGACUCUGGAAGGCCUCCGACUUCGCACUCAUUCUCGUCCUAUCAAGGUCCCAUAGGCUCACACCAUCACAAUCCAAUGCUUACCGGGAGCAACGGUUCAGCCAAUCAUUUAAAUCUCCCUCUGCGCUAGAGAAAUUUGUGAUGCUCGAAAACAACGAAUGAUACCCCUUAUAUGGAUAUGGAAAUCAUGAUUUAUCUCUUCUUAUGUGCAGCAAGAUACGAUACCCUCUAUGCUACAACGAAAAGUCAAAAGGUGGAAACAAGCGGUUUUUGAUGCAUCGUAUAGGAUGCAAAUCAAGCGUGUUUUGAGUAUUGAUUGAUGUUGGUGGUUGAUGGGUUGCGAGAUGACCAAUUUUGAUGCAUUCAAAGACGUUCAUUACCCCCCUUGUUUUGUUUGUUUGCUUUCCUGUCUUUUGAAGAUGAUACCCACGUUCUCAUUCCGAUGAUGGUUGCAACUUCUUCAUUGUUGCCAGCAAUGGAUGGAGAAGUCAUGAAUGCUUCGGACGGCCCCUAAAAGAACGAUAUAUACCCCAGAAAGCUAUUUAGAGAAACGAGUACAUUUACGAAA